CAUGGAAAACUGUUGUCUGCUUCGUAUUCAACAUGGCGUCGCAAAAAACAAAAUCAAGUGUCAAAAUUUCCCCUGGUGCAGUUGUUUGUGAUGAAAGUGAAAUCAUAGGAGAUGUCACUAUUGGAACCAGAACAGUGAUCCACCCGAAAGCUAAGAUCAUAGCAGAAGAUGGGCCUAUCAUCAUUGGUGAAAACAAUAUCAUAGAGGAACUGGCAUGCAUUAUUAACAAGGCUCCAGCAACAGCUAGCCCAGGCAGUCCACAGGCAGUGAUGAUAAUUGGAAAUAACAACGUGUUUGAGGUCGGCUCAUAUAUAGAAGCAACUAAAAUUGGAGACCACAAUGUUAUCGAAGCAAGAGCCACGGUAGGUAGACAGGUAAUGUUGACCUCUGGAUGCAUCAUUGGGGCGGCCUGCACGGUGACCAGCAGUGAGGAUCUGGAUGAAAACUGUGUCAUAUACGGUGCCAACUGUGAGAGACGUAUGCAGAAGGAACAUCCACCUGCUCAGACUCUACAGAUAGACUUUUUGACAAAGAUACUUCCUAACUACCACUAUCUGAAAAAACCUACAAAAUCUUCCACACCUCAGAGGAACUGAUGUCAACCUGCAAUCCUGUGUUCUUUUCCAGCCAGUGAUACAGUGUUUGGAUAAAUAGAACUCCAUGGGCACAAAAUCUUGCAUUUUAUUUUAUUAAACUAUUGUUUGCUUUCACCUCAAAUUACGUGUGUAUGUACGGGCCCAGACAACGAGUAUUAAGCAUUUUUGAAAAGAAUAAAUUUACAAGGUGACAAAUAAAAACUACUCUACAAAUAUAAAGACAACAAAUAAUGAUAGGAAAUUCAUACAUAAGUUAUUCAUCAGUAGCAGAACUUGAAUAAAAGUCAUCUGGAUUGGUAGUUUUGGCCAUGGAGUAUAGUCUGCAGAUCGUGAUAGAUUUCAAGUGUAUGAAAAACAUUGUGGUAACAGUGGAAGUGGUCAUCAUUGAAAUGAAAUGUGUCGAGAUUUAAAUGUUGAUUUUCAUAUCUGUUCAAUUUGUAUCAAGUUAUUAGAAAUAACAGACUAAAAGUAUUGUACAAAUGAAUAUAUACCAAUGGAAAGAAGAAACUACAUAGUGAUGUAGUGAUUGUCAACUAGAAUAAAAUAAUUGUCGCUGGCUACGUUAGGUCAGGGACUAUCAAUAAUGUUUGUCUGGAAUCAAUGUUGUUACUGAUAUUGUAUGUACAUGUACAUGCUGUUAUUUUUUUUUCAAAACCAUAGCAAUCAUACCCAGCAAGACAGUAUAAUGAAUAAUUUUCGUGAAAUAUUUCCUUCGUUUACCAAAAAAAUAUCAUGAAUAUUUUAAAGAAAUUAACAGUCUUUCCAUGAAGGGAAUUAAAUUGUAGUGUUCUUCCUAUGAUUUUAGAGUUUACAAAUAGGUCAUGUUUGCCACUGGCUUAAAAUGAAUUGUGAUCGAUAUAUAUAUAUGUUUUUAAAGAAGAGAUCACACAAUACAUAUUAGUCUAUGUUUUGUCUGUUUAGUUCUGUAGCUAUUGUUGAUUGCCAAUUAACUCUCUUUGUUCUCUGAGCUCCUCCAGACAAUUUCAGACAUUUUUCAUGCACACUUACUUGUUUCAGCAAGUAUAUUACACAUAUACUUGAAUGUUUUAUAGAUAUGUAAGUUAGACCAGUUUUAGCUAUUAUAGGUCACAUUUUAUGAAACAUUAUGUAAUAAAGUUGUAGACAAUUUGCUAGAAAACCUGUCUGCUGUGGUCAAUGUAACAAUUGUAUUUGUAAAUUUUAAGUAAUGGCAUGAUGGCUAAUUAAUCUUCUUAAUAAAUUUGUUGUUUAUUGAAUAUUUCCCUAUAAAUACUUCUUCCUCACUCCUUGAAUUCCGGAAUAAGUUGGCAUCGUUAAAAAAUGUUAUCCUUAUGCCAGUUUGGACUGAAAAAAAUGAUUCAAAAGGUUUUAGAUUUUCUUUAUCAACAAUGCUGUUAGACUAUAUGCGAAGUGUCUUCGAUAUUGUUUAUCAAUGUAUUGAUUAGUACAUGGCUUGUAUACCGUUGUGCAAUAUUUAUUUAUUGAAUAUUCAACUUUAAUAAAAGGUAUUAAAGUUUAAUGCUUAA